AUGAGUGAAGAAGAGAAAGAGGAGGAAAAUUAUGAGGAAGAAUAUGAAGAGAAAGAAGGGAAGGAAGAGCAGAAGAUGGAAGAAGAAGAGGAAUUACAGGAGAACGAGGAAAGCAACGAUGAAGAAAAAGAUAAGGAGGAUGACAAAGAGGAAACGAGUGAAGAAGAGAAAGAAGAGAAGGAUGAGGAAAAGAUGGAAGAAGAAGAAGAUUUAGAGGAGAAUGAGGAAAGCAGUAGUGAAGAAAAAGAAGAGGAUGAUGACAAAGAGGAAACAAGUGAAGAAGAGAAAGAAGGGGAGCUCAAAGAUACAGAGGAGAAACAUGAGGAAGAAGACAAAGAGAAAUUAGAGAAUGGGGAAAGCAGUGAUGAAGAUGAUGAGGAUGAGAGCGAGAAUGAGAAUGUAGAAAGAGAAGAGAAAAAUGAAGCCAAUCAAGGAGAGACGUCGACGUCCAUCAUUGGCUUCAAAACGAUGAGCCCUUAUUCUUUGAAGCCCUCGGAAAAAUCUGCACUCGAGAUUCGACAUUUUAGCCAUAGUGAUCCCUUGAACCUUUUCCAUCUAACUAAAAGGUAUGAAAAUGGUAACUGCCGCGCUUGUUGGCAAGAGCUUAAUGGUACAGUCUACAUCUGUAAAUGUUGUGAGCAUUAUGGAUUACAUAAAGCAUGCGCUGAGUUACCCUAUGAGCUGCAGCACCCUCUUCACUCCCCACAUUCUCUCAUCCUUUCAUCGAAAUUCCCUCAUUCAAAAACCACAUGCUUUUUAUGUGAUGAAUGUAGAGAAUUUUCUGUUGGUUUUGUUUACCUCUGCAUGGAUUGUCAGUUCAAGCUCGAUGUGAAAUGCGCAGCGUUAGCUGCUCCUAGGAUUGGGAGCCAAGAGCCAAAACAUGGCGAAAAAGAAACCAAGUUACUCCAUUUCAGUCAUGAGCAUAUGCUGGUCCUUGGCAAUCUUUUGCCUUCCAGGAUCCUAAUUGCAAAAAGUGUCAUGCCUGCAAAUUGGGGUUCAAAUCGAGGUCUUCCCAGCAGGAUUUCAUUGGAUAUGGAUGUUUGCAGUGUGAACUUGACUUCCACUUAG